AUGGCAGAAUAUUUGGCCUCAAUUUUUGGAACAGAGAAGGAUAAAGUCAACUGUUCUUUCUACUUUAAAAUUGGGGCAUGUCGACAUGGUGAACAGUGCUCCAGGCUUCACAAUAAACCUACCUUCAGUCAGACAAUUUUACUUCAAAACCUCUAUAUUGCUCCGCAUAACAACGCCAACCAAAAUGUCGCCAAUAUGACGGAAGUGCAAGCUCAAGAAAUUUUUGACGAAUUCUUUGAGGAGGUAUUUGUUGAAUGUGAAUCCAAGUACGGUGAAAUCGAGGAGAUGAAUGUUUGCGACAACCUGGGUGAUCAUCUUGUAGGCAACGUGUAUAUUAAGUUUCGCCGAGAAGAGGAUGCUGAGAAGGCCGUCAAAAUGUUAAAUCAGCGAUGGUUUGGGGGGCGACCUGUUCAUGCGGAACUAUCACCAGUUACUGACUUCCGUGAAGCGUGCUGCCGACAGUACGAACUUGGUGAGUGCACCCGUGGUGGAUUCUGCAACUUUAUGCAUUUAAAGCCCAUCUCGCGUGAACUGUGUCGAAAGCUGUACAAUAGAAGUAAACGCCGUUAUGGUGGAAGUUCGCGACGUCGAAGAUCCCGCUCCAGGUCUGGAGGUCAUCGAAGGUCCAGGUCGCCGAAAGGUCGCAGUUCCCGACGCUAA